UGUGCAUUAUACAGAGCGUCCCAACUUUUUUGGGAAAAAACAGCUUCAAUACUAGAAGAAUUUUCCCAUUAAAGUCUUGUGUUUGAAUCCUUGGUCAUACAAAGUCUAAUGGGAUAAUCAUCACCCCAAAAAAAUAAAAUCAAUAAAUUCACCAAUUAUUACCUGGGCAGAAACUAUAACCCCAUUGCAUAAUGCCUCAUGCUGCUGCUGACGUCAAGUUUCGUAAUCAAGACAUGGUCUGUUGUUGGUUCUUACUGAACUGAGUGUAAGGACGAGACAAGACUAUACUUUUCAACCUCAUUUGCAAGACUUUUCAUAAUGAAUUAUGAGGAAGCAGUGUGCGCACUGAACACCUUACAAACCAAUGCAAGUGUGUUGGAUCAGGUGCGGAAAGAACGGAGUGAGCUACCUGACCGGCAGCUCCAGGCCAUGUAUGGAUUUCUCCAUCGUACAGGCCUGACAGUGGAGGACUUGGACCCCCUAAAUAUAAUCCACGUGACAGGGACCAAAGGCAAGGGAUCCACUUGUGCAUUUACAGAGAGAAUCCUUAGGGGCUAUGGCUUUCGCACUGGGUUUUACAGCUCCCCACACCUGAUACAGGUCAGAGAGAGAAUACGCAUCAAUGGACAGCCAAUAAGCAAAGAGCUCUUCACCAAAUACUUCUGGGAGGUUUAUGACCAGUUAGAUGGUACACAGGGCCCUCAUGGAGGUAGUAUGCCGGGUUAUUUCUGCUUCCUCACCAUCCUGGCGUUCCAUGUCUUCCUACGGGAGAGGGUGGAUUUAGCUGUAGUUGAGGUUGGGAUUGGAGGGGCCUAUGACUGUACAAACAUAAUCAGGAAGCCGUGGGUCUGUGGAAUCUCUUCCUUAGAAAUUGAUCACAUGAGUAUACUAGGGGACAGCAUAGAAGAGAUUGCCUGGCAGAAAGCGGGCAUAUUUAAGCCAGGUGUACCAGGAUUCACUGUUAGGCAGCCUGCUGGACCCAUGACUGUCAUAAAAGACAGAGCCAAAGAGAAAGGGUGUCCCCUGUGGGUGUGUCCUGACCUGGAGCAGUAUGAGACUGGGGCUGGCCCAGUCCAUCUCAGCCUGGCUGGACAACAGCAGCAUUGCAAUGCAUCACUCGCCCUGCAGCUCAGCAAGACUUGGCUAGAGCGCUACCGGCAGUCUGUUGCAGAUGUCCGGCUCGUCCCCCCAACAGCACAGAAGCUGCUGGUCUCCCAGGCACCAGCAUUUCAGCCCAGCUCCAUCAUGCUCAAAGGGCUAGAGGCCACAGAGUGGCCUGGGAGGACUCAAACCUUGAGGCAUGGUCCUAUCACCUACUACCUGGACGGGGCCCACACCACAGGCAGCAUGCAGGCUUGUGUACACUGGUUUAGGCAGCAGACCCAGCAGGAGGAGGGAGGACACAGAGGUCCUGUGGUCAGAGUGCUGCUGUUCAAUGCCACGGGGGAGAGAGACUCAGCUGCACUGCUUAAACUCCUAGUGCCGUGCCAGUUUGAUUUCACUGUGUUUUGCCCCAACAUCACUGAAACUAUUACAGAAAACAAUGCAGAUCAGCAGAAUUUCAAUGUGUCCAUGGAGAACGUGCUGACCCGUUGCCUGGACAACCAGAGCAGCUGGCAGAGGCUGAGCGAGACAGAGACUCAGCAGGGGUCUGAGCUGCUAAUACCAGACAGGCUUCCCCUUCUGGCCAAGACCAGGACUCACACUCUUGUCUUUCCCUGCAUCCUCAGCGCCCUCCAGUGGAUCGGUCAGGAAAGGGAUGGUGUGCUGGCUGCUGCAGCAAGCUCUUUGGUUCCUGUACAAACCAGCGUCUUGGCUAAAGCAACUGCGCUAAAAGAGGCAGCCCAUAUCUCUGUCCUGGUUACAGGGAGUCUACACCUGGUAGGAGGAGCUCUGAAACACCUGGAUCCCUCCAUAGCUUCCUGAUCAGCCCAGCGGUCCGAUAACGACCUGACAUAGUAGAUUUUUUGGCUCAGACUGUUAUAGGUCAGGCUGUGAGUUUGGAUCUGUAUGACAUUGGGAUGAUGGUAGUAGUUUGCUUUUAUACCACAUAGUGAUGUUGUAGUCAUGUUGUGUUAACAAGAAAUUAGUUUAAUGCUUAGAGAAGACCUUUAAUUUAAUACUUUUCUUAAGGUGAUUAAAUUAUUAUUGUUUUGGUUUGCA